CUCGGAGGGGUCCAGGCCGCGGCGUUGCCAUGGUGACUCCCCCAUUAUGGCGGCGCAGUACUCGCCAUCACGCCGCCGCUCUGCGCAUGCGCACGGUAGCCCGCACUUCCGCCAGGCGUUCUGGGCGCCCUGGAAGCGGCGGCGGGGGCGGGGGCUUCCGGUUCCGGGUGGCGGCGGCGGGGGGGCGGCGGGGCCGGGCUCGGGCGGUCGGAGCGCGGAGGGGCCGCGGCAGGCGGAUCCCUCUGGAUUCAGCUCCGUCCCUGCAGAUCCAGCACCCGCCCAACUCGGGGGGUCCCGAAUUUGGGGGCAAGCCCGGCCCUGUCUCCCCCCCCUUCCUGCCCCAGUGGCCCCUUCAGGAGGAGGAAGAGGAGGAAGAGGAGGAGGAGGAGAAGAAGGAAUGGCGGCGCCGUGGCGGGCGAGUCUCCUGGCCUGCGAGGGGCUCUCGGGCGUCUGCCUCGUCCCCACCGUCGCCAGCAAGAAGAUGAUGCCCAAAUCCGGCGGGAAACCGGACGGGAACCGGGAACGGGGCUCCAGCCCUGACCUCCUGUCCCUCCGCCAGGACCCCGACAAGCCCCGUGCCCGCAAGGACGAUGAUGCUCCUGAGGCCUCCAACCCCAAGAAAUCCAUGAAAAAGCGCCGCAAGCGGGUUCCCGGCGCCGAGGGACCCCCGAGCUCCUCCCGCCGAGGAUCCCAGGUUUGCCGCCGCGCCGCACGAGGAGGAGGAGGAGGAAGACAAUCUCCCAAACUCCGGCAGAUGGUGGUGAUCGAGCAAAACGGCUCCUUCCAGCUCAAGAACUUCAUCUGCGACCACUGUUUCGGCGCCUUCCGGAGCAGCUACCACCUCAAACGGCACAUCCUCAUCCACACCGGGGAGAAGCCGUUCGAGUGUGACAUGUGCGACAUGCGCUUCAUCCAGAAGUACCACCUGGAGCGGCACAAGCGCGUGCACAGCGGGGAGAAGCCGUACCAGUGCGAGCGCUGCAUGCAGAGCUUCUCCCGCACGGACCGGCUGCUCCGACACAAGCGCAUGUGCCAAGGCUGCCAGACCAAGACCCCGCCCGACUCGCAGCUCCUGCUGUGAAAAUCUGGGAAUGCCGGGAAAUUCAGGGGGUGCGGGAGGGGGGUGUUUCUUCCUGCACCCCCCCACAUCACCAUGCUCUGCCUCACCUGGAUUUCUCACCCCUCUAAGGAUGGGGAAGAACGCAAGCGCUGCCAGCAUGAAAAAACUUGGAUCGUUCCUGCC